CGAAUCGUGAGCCGUAGAUUUGUUUACCCACCGUUUAUGAGAGUAAUCCCUUAAAGUGAAAGCUCAGCGCGGUAGUCUGCUGGUGGCCACCCUCUUCUUACCUGCAGAGUUAACUCACCUGGGCGUACAUCAUCUCCAUCAUGGCCUCCCUGGCUUUAAGAUCAACAGUCAAGGCAAAGUUCCCAUUUAAAGUUGGCCACUUGUGUUACUCCUCCUCGGUGCCCACCACCAAGCUGUUCAUUGAUGGAAAGUUUGUUGAAUCCAACUCUACAGAAUGGCUUCAUAUUCACAAUCCUGCCACCAACCAAGUGAUUGCUUCCGUACCAAAAGCCACCAAGCAGGAAAUGUUGGCUGCUGUGGACUCUUGCUCCAAAGCCUUCUCCUCCUGGUCCGAGACGUCCAUCCUGGCCCGGCAGCAGAUCUUUCUGCGCUAUCAGCAGCUCAUCAAAGAUAACAUAAAAGAACUUGCCAAGUCCAUCACAGUGGAACAAGGCAAGACCCUUGCAGACGCAGAGGGGGAUGUUUUCAGAGGAUUGCAGGUUGUGGAGCACACCUGCAGCAUCACCUCUCUCAUGCUGGGUGAAACUCUGCCCUCCAUCACUAAAGACAUGGACACAUACACGUACCGUCUCCCCCUCGGGGUGUGCGCCGGCAUCGCCCCUUUUAACUUCCCCGCCAUGAUCCCGCUGUGGAUGUUCCCCAUGGGAAUGGUGUGCGGCAACACGUACCUCCUGAAACCUUCCGAGAGGGUCCCCACGUGUGCCAUGCUGCUGGCCAAGUUGCUGCAAGAUGCCGGCGCUCCGGAUGGGACCCUCAACAUCAUCCAUGGACAACAUGAUGCUGUGAACUUUAUUUGUGACCAUCCAGCCAUCAAAGCUAUCAGUUUUGUUGGCUCCAAUCAAGCGGGCGAGUACAUUUAUGAGAGGGGUUCCAAAAAUGGCAAGAGGGUACAGUCAAACAUGGGAGCAAAGAACCACGGUGUGGUGAUGCCCGAUGCCAACAAGGAGAACACACUCAACCAGCUUGUGGGAGCUGCGUUUGGGGCUGCAGGCCAGCGCUGCAUGGCUCUGUCCACGGCCAUCCUGGUGGGUGAGGCUCGCAGCUGGCUGCCAGAGCUGGUGGAGCGCACCAAGGCUCUGCGCGUCAAUGCAGGAGACCAACCUGGUGCAGAUGUGGGGCCCCUGAUCUCCCCUCAGGCCAAGGACAGAGUCUGCAGUCUGGUCCAGAGUGCAGUGGAUGAAGGCGCUAAGGUGCUCCUGGAUGGCAGACAUGUCAAAGUUGCAGGUUAUGAGAACGGCAACUUUGUGGGUCCGACCAUCAUUGCUGAAGUCACACCUCAGAUGAAAUGCUACACGGAGGAGAUAUUCGGACCCGUGCUGGUUGUUCUGGAGGCCAACACUCUGGAUGAUGCCAUCGAUUUGGUUAAUGGAAAUCCCUACGGCAACGGUACCGCCAUCUUCACCACAAACGGUGCCACCGCUCGCAAGUACACGCAUGAGGUGGACGUGGGCCAGGUUGGGGUCAAUGUUCCCAUUCCAGUCCCCCUGCCCAUGUUCUCUUUCACUGGCUCAAGAGGAUCUUUUAGAGGCGACAUGAACUUCUACGGGAAACAAGGUAUUCAGUUCAAUACGCAGAUCAAAACCAUAACCUCACAAUGGAAAGCUGAGGAUGCCACCAUAAAGAGUCCGGCAGUUUCCAUGCCAACCAUGGGACGCUAGAAAAUCAGUUCAGACUGGCCAUAAGACAUAGAAAAGACUGUUCAAUCCCUCUGUGGUGCCUGUUAAUAAAUAGUACGUUGACUUUUUAAAGGUUGCACUCUACGUGAAUGAUAUUUUGUGCACAUAAUGCUGUUAUUUAUCUCUACAUUAAGUUGGCUAUGCACGCAAAUAUUGGGACACCUGGCAAUUAUAUUCACUGUACAGGAAGGGGAACUAUGGAGUUGAACCCCGGCUGUAACAGCAUCCCACUUGUCUGGCAAGACUUCCUACAAGAUGAGGAUGUUAUCUUUGUCUAUUUAUUCAGAAGAAUAUUUAUAGACCUUGAGAAGGAGCUUCCUUAAACUGUAAACAUAAAGUCGUAAGCGUAGAAUCCACCAUGUGUUGUUAGAACGAACAACAACAUAUCACAAUGCUUUUCUUUGUAGUAUAUAAUAUAUAGUUAAUAGUUAUAUAUAAGAAUAUAGUUAACAACAACCACACACAUGCAAGCAUGAGUAUUUAAAAUAACACUGCACCAUACACAGACUUGUAAUAAUAAGAUGUGAUACUUGCAAAUCAGAGACAAUCCGAAGUGUAAUGGUGAACCAAAGGCCACACAGAGGUCACGUGGUGCAUCUAUAUGCCGCUCGGGUUCGUGGGCAGGAGGGAGUCAGGCGCCUGAGUAAUGAAGGUUGACGUCACGCAGAGCUCCUCUCUAAUUGAGAAAGAAUUCAUUAUCAUUAUACAUUGUGGAAAUGUAAGAGAUUCAUCACAUGUAAGACACCCGUGUUCUCACAGCACGCCGUCUUUGCUGCUAAACAUGGAACGUCGGCUCAGUAAAUCUGCACAGGCUUCGUAAUUGCAAGGAUGAGGUACAACUUUUAUUCGCCAACAUUCAUUUUGUGUCUUACCCAGCGUCAUGACUGUCAGCGAGGAACGUCUUCUCAGACGGGGGCGCCGCCAGAUUGUUGGCUUUCCUGUCAGGGAAAUAUAGAUUUGCUGAUUAUGCAAAAAGCAUAUUACCAUGUUUUACACAUUCCUUGUCAUUUUCCUCACUUAGAUCUGCGUCUUUAUGGCUGCAUUUACGCCACACAGUAUUUAUACUUCCAUAUAUGGGUUAUGGCAAAAAAAAAAAAAACAUGUUGAAUUGGAUAUAUUCAGAAACCCUCCUUUUCGAAAUGUGGAUAAAAAUCUCGUAUGAAUGAUGAGAUUAUCUAUGGGGCAAUGUUUAAUAAUGGUAGUUAUUCAUUUGGUUUGCUUCUGCACACUCACUUUCUCCACCUAAAUAUACAUUAGCUCACAAAAGUAGUACACCCCUCACAAUUCAGCUAAACUUGGAUAUACUUUAGUGUAGUCAGUCUAAAGCUUGAAUGGCAGUAUAAAUUUACUAUCAUCUGAAACUGACUAAAUAGCUGGGAAAAAGUGAGUAGCAAGAAAAAUUGCAGCUUAUAGAAUGGGGCUGCAUGAGUGCUGCCUGCACUGGGGAGCUGCGGUUCACUGAAGGAAAACAAGAAUUCCAACUUCCUGUGACAUUCUGAGGUAGCAUAUAAUCCAAUCCCUUGGGAAAACUGGACCACAUGGAUAACAAAUCCAAACAAGCUGUAAAAAGACUAUACAAAGUUUGACUUCUCCAGUAUUGUCCCUUGAGAAGUAUAGUAAAAUGUGAGGGCUGUACACACAUGUGGGAUAGUGAAUUCUUUAUGUGCAUUUUGGGUGGUUUCAGGUGUUUUUGGUAAAUGUAUACAAUGAUGUGAGUCACUUAAAAGGAUUUGUAAAUAAAACAUUUAAACCUGCAGUGUAAAUACAGACUAAGAUACUGUAUACACACACAUGAAAGCGUUAACAGACUGUUUGAGCCUACAGAUGUUGUUAUUCCAGUGGACCAAGUGCCAGGCUGCUCUUUGUGCGAUAUACAUCUCCUUUGCCAUGCAUGCAGAUCUCCUGCACAGUCCCCUCUGAAAUCAUCUUACCAGCUGCUCUCUGACCACAAGUGUUCAAAGGACUAAAUAAACUCAAGAGCGCACGUGGGGAGGAGCCAACUGCCUACAAGUGCAUUGAUGUGACCAGAUGUUUGUUUCGAAGCAUAAAAGCCUGUUU